CGGUUUCAAAGGACGAUGGAUGCCGCCGAGGCGUUGGUGUUCGCCUCGGUGCUGGCGGUCAUCGUGGUGUCGCUGCUGUCCAACGCGCUGGUGCUGAUCUGCUUCGCGUACAGCCCCGAGAUCCGCAAGCAGGCUCCGGGGCUGUUGAACGCCAACCUGACCUUGUGCAACCUGUUGCUGACCGUGGCCAACAUGCCGCUGACGCUGGGCGCCCUGGCGAGCCGCGCGCAGCCCGGCGGCGACGCCCUGUGCCGGGCGGCGGGCUUCCUGGAGACCUUGCUGUCCACCAACGCCAUGCUGAGCAUGGCGGCGCUCAGCAUCGACCGCUGGCUCGCCGUCGUCUUCCCGCUGCGCUACCACUCCAAGAUGCGCCGCCGCGACGCCGCCCUGGUGCUGGGCUACACCUGGGCGCACUCGCUGGGCUUCUCGGCGGCCGCCGGCGGCCUCUCGUGGCUGGGCUACCACCGCCUCUACGCCGCCUGCACGCUGGGCGCGCCGCCGCGCGGCCGCGCGCAGUUCGCGGUCUUCAGCGUCCUCUUCCACUCCUUCACCUUCCUGCUGUCCUUCGUCGUGCUGUGCGUCGCCUACCUCAAAGUGCUCAAAGUGGCCCGCUUCCACUGCAGGAGGAUCGACGUCAUCACCAUGCAAACGCUGGUGCUGCUGGUGGACAUCCAUCCCAGCGUUCGACAGCGCUGCCUGGAGGAGCGGAGGCGGCGGCGCCAGCGAGCCACCAGGAAGAUCAGCACCUUCAUCGGCACCUUCAUGCUCUGCUUCGCUCCCUACGUCAUCACAAGGAUCGUGGAGUUGUUCCCGGCGGUGCCCAUCAGCCCCCACUGGGGGGCGCUGUCCAAAUGCUUGGCGUACAGCAAGGCGGCUUGCGACCCCUUCGUCUACUCGCUCCUGCGCCACCAGUACCGCAAGACCUGCGGCGACAUCGCCGACCGGCUGCUCAAACGCCGCCGCUCCUCCAACGAGUCGGGACCGGGCCCGCAGGGCCGAGGCGCCGCCUUACCCGGGGCGCAGUGACCCCCCCGAUCGCGUCCGGCCGAGGGCGCGCCACGGUUGACGGAGGACCGCCGCGGAUGAAGUUCCCAAGAGCCUCGUGGAGUCCAGGGUAGCUAUACUGAAUCUUCCGCCACGUUACUCGAGCCACUUACGUCCUGAAGAGUGCGACGGAGCACCGGACACUCCCGAGCAGGUCCCUUGAUUGGUGGACUCGAGUGCAUCUUAAUCCAGAUGAUUUCAGGUAGCGACAAGGAUUUUUCUUCCUCGACAAGUGGAUGGAAAAAUGCCAAAUCUGAUUCUUUUCUGCCUCCACUGAUUGUGCUUUGUGAUGGGCUGAUUGGAUCCGUUCUGGGCCCUCAGGGAGACGACUCGAUGCUGUUUUAAAAAAUUCAUUUCUUUGUUUAUUUAUUUAUUUUAUUUAUUUAUCUUCUCAAGAAGGACGAACCCAAGGACAAUUGAAUUUGCGAUGAAGAGAUUUCUAGCCCGACAGUGUUGCAGAGCGAUAUUUGUCCGCUUCCUGCCCUGUUCGUUAUUGUUGACAAACGGCGAUUCGCGUCUUCACAGAGAUGAGUGUUAAAGGGCAGUCCAGCAAAUUUGCUGUCUCGGGAGUGUGCGUCCAACUUCAGUCGCCCAAAAAGCCGGUGACGGUCAAUGUCGUGAGAAAGAAAACCUCAAUAAAAAGCAAUUCCUUUUCUGACUUAA